AUGAGCGCAUUGGACAAAGAAAUCGAAGAAGAGGCUGGUCCCGAAGUGGCAUUGGUUGAGAUUGUUCAGAUGAAAACUCCAAUCACCUGCAAAGUAAUAGUAAAACCAGGAAAGGAGCAGCGAAACAUUGCUGCCCCAACUGGAGGAUUCACUCCAUACAAACAGAAGCAUAAAUCAUACUCUUUCGAUUUGUCAAAAGCUGAAAACAUCUUUGACGAAUUGCUAGGAGGAAGGGCAAUCAAACUCGAUGAGAAGCACGUGUUUCCCAAGCCGGAAGAGCUGAAGAACAAAAUGUUCUGUAAGUGGCAUAAUUCUUUUUCGCAUGCUAUUAACAACUGUGUUCAGUUCAGGGAUGUCAUCCAAGAUCUCAUCAUCGAGGGCAAGAUCCUUAAGGACAAGCAGACUACCAUGAGGGUAGACAAGGAGCCUUUCUCGGCACACAUGAUCGGCGUCAACUGGCCCGACAGACGUAACAAAAGGAAAAUCGUGGUGGAUGUGGGCGAAGAAGGCGAUCAAAAAGUUACUAUAGCCGAGCCAGAAAGGUUGAAAGCCACCAUUACAGCUGGGAUCGUAUUAUGUAGCAGGUGCAAAUGCGAAUGUGAACUAGAGAUACCAGCCACAGGAUCAAAGAUUGACAAACAAUUAAUCCGCACGAGAAGGGAAAUCGAUAGACAUCCUAGCAGAAUAUCCAGUCAAUCAUAUGGACCUUUCAGCCCAAGAAAGGGCCCGAACAAGCCAUACGAGACAUUCCGAAGGAUAGACAGGAAAGCUAUGGAUGAAACCUCCAUACGGCAGGAAUCCGAAUCAACAAAAUUAGAAGAAAGAGAUAAAUGGAGAACAAGACUGAAACAGCCAUAA